CUGUGGCUCGGGAGGAAGCGCAGGAAGGAAAUGUUGCCGGUGAAAGUGGCGGUGUGGCUCCUGUCCUGACUUCUCGCCAUGGGGUUGUUCCUGCUUAUGUUCCGCCGGUGCUCCAGGACUGCCGCUUUGUUUUCGUUUGCAGGGACACGCACCGGACUCCGCUGCAGCACACACUGAGGCGCCGUCGCCAUGGCGACCAACCUGCCCCUUCACCCCGUACAAGCGGAAGUUCCGGCCCUAGCGGCUCCAGAUUCAAACAGUCGCCCGGGAGACGGCAGCGUUGGGUUUCGGGCAGCGAUGGCGAGCUCCAGGGCGGCGGCGGAGGCGGCGGACUGCGAUAUCGAGCGCUGGAAGCGGCGCUAUCUGGGUGGCGGGGACGCCGGCGACUCGAGAUGGGUCUCCUCCGGCAGCGCCGCCGUGCAGCGGUUCAAAACUCGGCUCAGCGACUUUGAGGAUCGGGACACCACACUAAAUAUAAGCAACAAUAAUUCAAAAAACAAUUCAGCAAUUGAAGAUGCUGUGGAAACAUUACCAGAACAAAGAUACACGCGCAAUCUUAUGAAGUCAUCUACAUUUGGCUUGACCUACACUGAGAGAAGGCACUAUAACAGAUUAUUACAUAAUCUAUAUAAAACAAUAAAACUCAAUUCUGCAUGUGUUGAUGAUGCUAAUGAAUAUCCUCAAUACUCAACUGAAGAAUUAGAGGAAUAUCUGAAUGAGGAAGAAUUAGCAGCAUGCAAGAAACAGGAUAGUGGAACACAAUUUUACACUGAAACAGAUGUUACUUUGCCCUCUGGCUUAGCUUCUACCAAUUUCACUUCAGCGACAAGUGAUAUAGAUGACAGUAUUAAAGAAUUAAAGAAUGGAAGUCUUUCAGAAUCUUGGGAAAAUCCUUGUCUUUUACCAGUUGAAAUAAUGCAAAUUCAUAAUGAGUUAACAUCCAUAUGGCAACACGUGCAGAAAGAAAGUGUAGCGCUGCAGGAGUACAGAUGUCAGUUACAAUCACAUGAACAACAUCUAGCCAACAGAGAGGCUUUGCUCAUCAAACAUCAAGAUGCAUUAACAAAGUUAAGAGGAGUGGAAGAAGAGGUUCAUGCCAAGUUUGAGAUUAUGAAAGAGCAACAUGCUGCUGAAGUCAGUCAACUCACAAAUGCCAUAAAAGAGAAGAUAAAAGAAAACAAAAGACUUAAAUCUUCUUUUGACUCCUUAAAAGAAUUAAAUGACUCCUUGAAAAAGCAGGUUAACAAUAUAACACAACAGAAUAAGAAGUUGGAAGUUCAGAACAAAAAGAUUCAAAGCCGUUUAGAAAAUCUGCAAAGGAAGCACGAAUUACAUGUGGUGCAGAAACUUCAUGAAAAUGCUUUUGCUGGCGCAAAGGCGAUCAGGUUGGAAAAACAGGAAAAGAUUCAACCUGCCCGUAGAAUCAAUCGUCCUAUUUUAAAUGACAAUCUCUGCGAACUACUUGGAGUGCUUCUGGACUGGACCUCAGAUGGGUAUCUUUGCUAUUUAACUGCAGAGGAUGACAAUGAUGUUCAAAAGUCAUUAAGUCCAAAAUGUUUACCUAGAAAAUCUGUUCAAGAGAUGUGUGUGAAGAUCCUGCCGUUAAUCAAAGCACAAAUUUAUUUAAUGCCACCUGGGGAUAUCAAACUGCAGCUGGCAUUGGCAAAAUUAAUUUACUGGGCUUUAAGGCAUGUAUACAGAAGAGGGACACAACAGACUGUGGUUACUUCAACUAUGCGGCGAUUAGGAGAAGAACUGUUCCAGGGAACUACGAACAGGACUGCACAGGAUAGUCCUUCAGAGCCGGUUGACGAAGCUAAAUCAAAAGCUUCUGCUUUCUUCAAGAGCUCUAAUCUUAAUGUCCGAUUUUUAUCAACUCUCAGUAUCCUCAAAACAAUAACACAAGUCGAUUAUUUGGCUCAAGCUUUUAACAUCCUUCUUGUUGACCUGAACACUGAUGAAGGCAAGGCUUUGUUCUUGGAGUAUCAGGCUCUGCAGGUUAUUCUUGAUUACCUGAAACCUUCAAGUAAAAAUCUACUGAGCAGUGCUGUUGACAUCAUUCUGCAAAUGACAAUGGAAUCAAGUUAUUUACAGAAUUUUCUCGAGGCGUGCAGCACUGAGUCUUUGUUCCACAGUUGUUCCAUGAUCCUGAAGGGCCCGAAACUGGAUAUCCAAAUACUAGAGAAACUCAGCGUCAUUCUACAGAAACUUUCUAAAAUAAAGAAUAAUAAGAAAUUAUUUGAACUGUUCUCAAUCCACAUCUUCGUUCAAGAGUGGCACAGGACAAUGGAUCCAGAGCAGACGUUUCUCACACAAAAUCUUCAGUCUAUAUUGUUUAACCUGGGCAUAACUAAAGGCACUGCACCGCCAGCAGUCUGAGUAGCAGCCAUUCACAUCAGUGAACAUCCAUUCGCAUAGCCCAAGGAACUAGACACUGCUUUUAGUACUGUUACCAUCACUGGUAAGCUUUCUGUAUAUUUGAGAUUUUGUCAUUUUUCAACUGAACAUAUAGUGUGCAUAUUUUUAAUGAAUCCAAAUAAACUGAAAAAAAGUAGUUAA